CACACACACACAUUCCAGCAAGCAGGCGGGUGGUGCUUUGUGAAUGAGCAGCAAAGAAAGAGUAUUCCUCCAGUCAGUCAGUCAGUCAGUCAGGAGCACAGAGAGAGGAAGGAAGCACAGGGGGAGGAAAAAAACCCACAAAGUUGACCAAAAUGGAUUUCUUCACAGGAGUCCGGCCUUUAUUAUUUUCAUAUGUUCUGAUUAACGGUAUCCUUAUCACCCUGCAGACCAAAGAAGAGGUGCUUCUGGACAUGCAGUCCUCAGGAGGCGAGCUGGGCUGGCUGACAUGGCCUUUAGACCAGGGGGAGAAGCCUGGGUGGGAGAUCGUCCAAAGGCGCGUGAACGGUUCUCAGUUGUACACCUACUCCGUCUGCAAUGUCGGCGAACGUGAACAAGACAACUGGCUCCGCACCACCUUCAUCCAGCGGCGACCGUCGGCCUCUCGGGUCUUUGUGGAGCUCCAGUUCAUCGUACGCGACUGCAACUCCUUCGACGGCGCCUCCGUGAUCUGCAAGGAAACCUUCAACCUCUUCACCUCAGAGUCGGACGUCGACGUGGGCACCACCUUUCGCAGGGGGCUUUUCAAGAAAGUGGCCACCAUCGCUCCCGAUGAGAUCAGCAACAAGGGCGAGCUUCAGAUCAACACCGAGACGCGGGUGGUGGAGAACCUCUCGCGCAAGGGCUUCUACUUGGCUUUCCAAGACAUCGGCGCAUGUGUCGCGCUCCUCUCGGUGAGGGUUUACUACAAGACCUGCCCCGCCACGGUGAUGAGCCUGGCGUCCUUCAAGGAAACAGUCGCCGGCGGCGAGAACCAAGCUCUGAGGCAAGUGAGCGGGAUAUGCGUGGAUAACGCCAUCAGCGAGGAGCUGCCUCGUAUUUACUGCACCGUGGACGGAAAGUGGUUGGUGCCCGUCGGGCAGUGCCAGUGCAAAGAGGGCUACGAAGAAGUCAAAGACAUGUGUCAAGAAUGUCAGCCAGGCUUCUUCAAGGCGGAAGCUUCCGGUGAUAAGUGUCAACCGUGUCCUGCCAACACCCAGAGGCUGGGCGCAGGGGCUUUGUUCUGUCCGUGUAUGGAUGGCUUCUACCGGGCCCCCAGUGACCCCUCCACCGGACCCUGCUCAGGCCUCCCCACUGCUCCCAGAGACCUAGCAGCGACCAUCACUCAACUAUCUGCCGGGAGAAUCCUCCUCUCCUGGAGCCCCCCGGAGGACACCGGGGGUCGCACGGACAUCACCUACAGCGUAGAAUGCCAGCGCUGCGAAAGCUCGGUGUGUCAACCCUGCGGCGACAAGAUCCAUUACGAGCCAUCCAGCGCAGGUCUGACGGACACUAAGGUGUCGGUGAGCGAGCUGGACGCUCACCUCAACUACACUUUUACCGUGGAGGCUCACAGCGGCGUGUCCGUGCUGGUCGCUCAGGCAUCGCCACGGGCGAACAGGCCGCCGUCCACCAGCGCUCUGACCACCUCUCUGCACUACACAGAUCCUCCAAAGAUUACCGCCGUUCGACUCGUCGAGAAAACCGCCUCCAGGCUGUCCAUUUCCUGGGAUGUGUCACGCCGACCACGCUUUCAACCUCGGCCAGUCCGCUACGAGCUUACCUAUCGCAAAAAGGAUGACAAUCUGGACAUGACUACCUACACCGUGCUGAUCCUGGAGAAGAGCUCAGUGGAGAUCAAUGAUCUGGCCCCCGGCACUGCCUACCUGUUCCGGGUGCAGGCCCUCAGCAGUGACGGGACCCCCGGAGGCUCCACUGUGGAAGAACAGUUUGAAACGUCCUCAGCAGAACCCAUGACUCAGACCAAUCCCGCGCUGGUUUUUGGCGUGCCGGUCCUAGGCGCAGCCGCGUUGUUCAUACUGGUUCUGGUGGUCUUCCUCCGCAGACGGAAAAGAAACUCCCACAGCAGACAAGGACCAGAGGACGCUUACUUCUCCAGCUCAGAGCAACUGAAGCCUCUGAAGACCUACGUGGACCCGCACACGUACGAGGACCCCAACACGGCUGUCCUUAAAUUUGCCACAGAAAUCCAUCCCAACCACAUAACCAAACAGAAAGUCAUCGGAGCCGGGGAGUUUGGUGAGGUGUACCGUGGUAUUUUUAAGGCGCCCGGCAGGAAGGAGGUGGCGGUGGCUGUCAAGACGCUAAAGCCCGGCUACUCCGAGAAACAGAGGCAGGACUUUCUGAGCGAGGCCUCCAUCAUGGGACAGUUCUCCCACCAGAACAUCAUUCACCUGGAGGGAGUGGUUACCAAAUGUAAGCACAUUUCUUUUCCAACCUGCCUAUUUCUGAACGACAUGUUGAUCUUUUAUUGUUAUCUGUGUGCAGUCAAACACGCCAUGAUUGUGACUGAAUAUAUGGAGAACGGAGCACUGGACCGGUAUCUUAGGGACCGCGACGGAGAGAUUUCCUCCUUCCAGCUGGUGGGCAUGCUGCGUGGCAUCGCUGCUGGCAUGAAGUACCUCUCUGAUAUGAGCUACGUCCACCGUGACCUGGCCGCUCGCAACAUCCUGGUCAACACCGCUCUGGAGUGUAAAGUGUCCGACUUCGGCUUGUCGAGAGUUCUUGAGGACGAUCCUGAGGGAACGUACACUACGAGUGGCGGUAAGAUCCCCAUACGUUGGACAGCUCCAGAGGCAAUCGCGUACAGGAAGUUCACCUCGGCCAGCGACGUGUGGAGUUUUGGCAUCGUCAUGUGGGAGGUCAUGGCUUUUGGCGAAAGGCCUUACUGGGACAUGAGUAAUCACGAGGUGAUGAAGGCCAUCAACGAGGCUUUCAGGCUGCCGGCGCCUAUGGACUGUCCCUCCACUGUUUACCAGCUCAUGCUGCAGUGCUGGCUGCAGGACCGCUCCAAAAGGCCACGUUUCGGGGACAUUGUCAGCCUGCUGGACAAACUGCUGCGCAGUCCAGAAUCCCUGAAGACCAUCGCGGACUUUGAUCCACGCGUUUCCAUCCGUCUGCCCAGCGUCAGCGGCUCGGAUGGUUCCCCCUUCAGGUCGGUGUCCGAGUGGCUGGAGUCCAUAAAGAUGAGCCAGUACAGCGAGAACUUCAACUGCGCCGGCAUCGUCAGCAUGGACCAGGUCCUGCAGAUGAAGAACGAGGAUAUCAAGAACAUCGGAGUCAGGCUUCCCGGCCAUUUGAAAAGAAUCGCCUACAGCAUUUUGGGCUUAAAGGACCAGACCAGCACCCUGAGCGUGUUUGCCGUGUGAUGGACCUCAUCAAUGGACUGCAGGUUCAAGCACUGAAGCAGGAAGCCCAUUUUGGACUCUUAAUUGAGCCGGAGCGACACUGCAUGGUCGGCGGCCCACGGACACCAGCAAAAGAACCGGGGGCCGCCUGAAAGAAGCAAAACUUAGUGUACAGUUUUUCUAUCCACAAGAGAAUGCAGCCCGAAACAUCAACAAAUAGAUGUACAAGUAGAUUUUGUUUCCUUUCUUCGCCUAACUGAUUCAUCUUCCAGGCCUUUUUCUCAACUUUGCAUUCCUGUACUCGGAAAAAAAAAAAAAAGACUUCACAAAUGUGCACCCAGGAAGGAGUAAACACAGAAGGUGUGGCGGCGUGGGAGGAGAGAAGGACAGAGGAGUCCAGCUUUGGCUUCUUUCCACUUCCUGUUCAACCGGUGAGGUCAAAAUAAGGCGGGUGGGGCUUUAAUGUAUGAGGUACUCUGUAAAUAAUUGACCUUUGUUUAUAUUUGGGAGUUUACCAAAACCACUAGGAAUAAAAAAAAACAAAAAAAAAAACUAAUGUAGCACUUCCUUUGGAUAUCUUGUGGUUUUGGACAUGAGUAAAAGAAAAAAAAUUGUCUUACUAUGCGAAAAAGAAGUGGCGCAAAUGAAAAGGCACUCGAUCUGAUGCUGUUUUUAGCUUGCCGGUAAUGAAGACGGAGAGGGUGAGGUUUGCCAGAAUGCAAAGUACCCUUGAAAAAAAAAAAAAGGCAUGUAAUGAGGAGAUGAUUUCAUACUAAAUAAUAGUUUGGGUUGAAAUGUCCAUGUCUGCUCUAUUUUUGUAAACGACACCAAUUCUCAUGUUCUUGAUGAUUUCAGCAACAUGGAGGAAAUAAUCUACUUUGACAAUGAAGUGCUACUUUCUUUUUUUUUUUUUUUCACGGACGUUAAAGACACGUUUUUUUUCUUUAUCCGGUGCUCUUAAUUGAUGACUGCAAAUUGUUGUGUUACUGAUGUACAACUUCCUUUACUUGAAUUUUACCGCAUUUUUUGUUUUUUCAAAUGUAUACGAUUCUUUUGUAGAUCUAGCUUUGGAAAAGGGAUUUUUUUUUCUCUCUCUGUACAUUUUAUACGACUAUACAGAUUUUGUACAUUUUCCACUUCUUGUAUAUCAUCCAAAGCAAUUGUUAGCUGCCUCUCCAAAAAAAAAGCUAAUCAUCUUCAAAGAGCAAACGCCUUUAUUUUUUUGACUCAUGUUUUUUUUUUAAAAAAAAAGUGUAUUUAAUAGACUAUUUAUUUUUUACUUUUUAUUUAUUCAUCCUGAUAAAACACUGAGCUGGGAUUAUAAUUGAACGUCGCUCUGUCACUACAUAAAAAGACAAAAAAAAAAAAAAAAAAAAAGCUCUGUGUCCCUUUUAUUGUUGAAUGUCUUGAGUUUACUUUCAUUUCAAAAUGUAUGUGGACCAAUAAAGUCUUAAAACUGAA